UGGAUUUUCAGUUACGGAAGUGGCAGUGGCUCCUAUUGUACGGCUGUCCUUGUAAAGAUGUGAAUUUGCUCCAUCUGCUGAAGUCUACAGCAGCCGAGUGACAAAAAGCCCAACAUGAUGUCUCACUUCCUCAAGUUCUCAGUGCUUCUUGAGAAGUACCGGACUCCGCUGGUCAUUGCGAGCUGUGGUGUAAUGUUUGCAGUCAACAUUUCCUACCAUGUUUUCCCUGACCAGACCUACCGUCAGCUCUAUCAGGCUUGGUACCAAGGACAGCCAGCCACGCUGUCUGAAAAGCUGGAGGAUGUUUUCCAGCAGGUGUUGAAGGACUAUGGUAUCAGAUCACCCAAGAAUUUCUCUGCUUUUGCCUCCUUUGGAUUCCAUCCAGUUGGUGCUGGAAUCCCUUGGUUGCCUGCAGGGGCCCAAAUCGGCAUCCCAGCAAACUUUAACAGCACAACCGACGACUCGAGUGGAAUCACCAACCGCACCAUUUUAAUCAAUGGCAAAAUGGUAGACUGGAACAGUGAUGCUGGGUCUGCUUUAAAGGAGGCACUGGUGUUUUCCCUUGAUGCACAGAAGUUUGCCAUAGCGCGAGAAGUGGCCCGCUUGCAGUCCGGAGGACUUGUCCUUAAAGCUGCUGUUGCCCCAUUCUGCCUGGGUGGGGUUUGGGUGUACAGUGUUUUCCUGAAGCAGGUGUUUGGGCUACACGCUGGACCGUUACUGUUUCGCGGAGCUGUGAAUGUUGUGGCGCUUUGCCUCGGUGCCGUGUCCUACUUCCUCGCCUCAGAUGCUGUCAAUCAGUGGAUUGACUAUAGCUCAGACCGACAUGCGGCUGGAGUGUCCCAUGAUUAUGCCAAAGGCGGGUUAGAGUUUUAUGAUAAGAUUCUGUCAAGAAACAAGACCCUUCGCUCCCUGAUGGGCCAGAUGGGAGAGGAGGUAUAUGCUCCCAGUGGGAACUUAUUUCCUGCUCAUCUCCUUCAGCUGAAACACACACCAUACACAUCCAGGAGGGAAGGCAUCCUUGCUCUGCUGAAAGAGGAGAAAACCUGAGAAGAAGAGGGAGGGGGGCUGUUGUGUUGAGAAUUAAAGUCUGUGUUUCUGGGCCUCACCUGGUCAACUGUAAUGAUCUAAUGCAAGUUGUGCUUAUCUUUGUUGAAAAAACAAAUGCUUUACUGUGUGUGUUUUACACUUAACUCAUGACAGUAUGACUGGACAAUAACCCUC